AUGUCGAAGAAUAUCAAAACGCCGACGAAUCAGAAAGUUCUGACGAAUGUCGCGGUUGUUCGAAUGAAGAAAACGGGAAAGAGAUUCGAAAUUGCGUGCUAUAAGAAUAAAGUGGUGAAUUGGAGGAAUAAGACCGAAAAGGAUAUUGACGAAGUUCUCCAAACGCAUACAGUAUUCUCGAAUGUGUCGAAAGGGCAAUUGGCGAAGAAGGAGGAACUCGUCGCCGCGUUCGGAACCGAAGAUCAACUCGAGAUUUGCAAAAUUAUUCUGGAGAAGGGCGAUUUACAAGUUUCCGAUAAAGAACGGCAGGCGGCAUCGGAUCAAUCGUUGAAGGAAGUCUCGCAGUUGAUCGCUUCGAUGGUGGUGAAUCCCGAAACGAAGCGACCGAUUCCGCCGUCGGUAAUCGAUAAAGCGCUUCACGAGGUUCAUUUUUCGCUGAAGCCGAAUCGAAGCGCCAAACAGCAGGCGCUCGAAGCAAUACCGAAAUUGCGCGAGACGAUGAAAAUCGAGCGCGCGAAAAUGCGAAUCCGCGUCGCGAUGCCGACGAAAGAAGCGAAACAGGCGCACGCGAAACUCAAACAGAAUUUCAGCGAGAUCGAGGUUGAUGAUUGGGCGGAGACCGGAUUGGAAAUGGUGGGACUCAUCGAGCCUGGAGUAUUCCGACUUCUCGACGAUCUUGUCCGAAACGAAUCCAAAGGAAAAGGCAGACUCGAGAUCCUCAGUCUCAAAGACGUUGUUGAAGGAGAGCUUCAGAUUUCCUAA